AUGAUCGAUCCCUUUUAAAAGAAGACCACAGCAUAAAAUAAAUUACCACCCAGGUAAUCUAACUUAUCUAAUAAUGGACUGCAAAUAAUGUCAGGAGGUAGUUCAGUAGGUGGAACUUCUGCUGGAGGAAGUGUCAUUAAUAUGAAUAGUUUUUCUAGAUAAAAUAGCAGCAAUCAAUAGCCUCGAGAAAAUUCAUAAUCAAGGUAGAGCAAACCUUAAAUGGGCGUUGAAAAGGAUUAAAUUACUAAGAUGUUUGAAGAAUAGAAUCAGAACAAUGAAAAUGCUUUCUUAGAUAUUGAAAAUAAGAGAAUUUAGUACAUAAAGAAACUAUCAUUAGCCCAGAGAUUAGGUUUGGUUGAAAAGCCACCUCUUCCAUUAUCUUAAGUUGAGUGGAAAAAUAUUGAAAAAGUUUCAUUGCAAAGAUUCAAUGAGAAGGAACCCUGUCCAAUCUGCUAUGAGGAACUUAGCUAUCAAGACUAGAAUAUAUUAAGUUGUUCUCACGUAUUUCACAAGAAAUGUUUGGAAAGUUUUGAGAAAUUUAUGAAGAUUAAAGGUCAUGAAAAGGCUUGCCCUAUUUGCAGAAAGAAGGAUUAUGACAAAAAAACCUAUGUUGAAGGGUAAAAGAGAUAUUUAACUAAAUGUAUUGUGAGAAUUCAAUGUCAUGGCAGAGGAUUUUUAGCGAGGAAUACUUUCUUUGACAAUCUUAAGGCAAGAGCAUAUCAACCUAUAACGUAGACCUUAAGAAAGAAAUUUAUUGGCUAUAAAUUAAGUAGAAUAGGAAAGAAAUAGAGAGAUCAAAUGGACAAAGAGAGAUUAGCAGUAAUCGAAAUGGUUUAAAAGGUUGAUAAGAGCAUCAAGGAUACAGAAUAGCUCUUAGAAAGUUUCAUUCCUAAUAUGGCGAGAUACUUUUAGCAAAAAAGGGAAAAAGAAUUGUAAUCAAGAGGUGGACGAAAAUUAGAAGAGUAAAAACUAAAUAAAUUCUGGCAAUAAGCAUUAGCCAAGGCUACAUCCAGAGGAGACAAAGAUUGCCCUAUAUGCUACAAUCCAUAUAAAACUGCUAGCGAGGUCUAUUUGCUAAAUUGCACUCAUAUGUAUCACAAAUGCUGUUUGGAGUCAUUCGAAAAUUUCGAUAUCGCCUAGAAUUCAUGUUGUCCAAUGUGUAGAUAACCUAAUUAUGAAAAGAUAAGUGUUAAGUCGUGA